AUGGAUGAUUUCAUUAAAUAAAAGAAAUAAAAAUGUUCACAAUAUGCUCAAAAUUAUAUUCAAGAAAAAAAUAAGAAGAAAAAAGUACUUGACUUCACUUUAAGUCUGAUGCAAAUAUUUAGUGCUCCAACUAACGAAGAUUUAAUAGAAAUAUAUAAAAUAUAUGCAAUCUAAAAAAUAUCGUAAAUUAAUGAUUCAAUCAAUUGA